AUGCCUAGCAAGGACGGAGAGGUCAAGCUACCGCUUCGAGCGGGCGGCGGCGGGGACUCUGCUGCGAAGGCCGAGCAGAUUCGCGUGCCAUUCAAGGCCGAUCAUGCUACCGAGAAGCAUCUGCGGGCAAUCUACAAGCAGCAUCCCCAAGAUGAGGUCUUCCAAGAUGGCCAGAAGUUCGCCACAGAAGACGCAUUCUUCGCAUACAUGCGCUCAACCGGUGCAUCAGCGAUGUCACCGCCAACGAACAACGACCUGAGCCAACCGCUGUCUGCGUACUUCAUCAGUUCCUCACAUAACACCUACCUGGUCGGUCACCAACUGUACGGCAAUGCCACUACUGCUGGCUACACGAAUGUCCUCGAAAGAGGCUGUCGAUGUCUAGAGAUAGACAUCUGGGACGGCGAUGAGACUGAUACAAGUGCGAGCAGCUCGGACGAAGAGGCGCCGCCACGGGUCAGUUCCUCGACGACCAAAAGAUCGAGAUGGAGCAAGAUGAAGGCCAAGGCAAAGGUCAUACGAAGUGUCUCGCCCCGUCGAGAACAUCAUCAGACUUCGGACAAGAGUGGUGAUGCCACCGGCACCACUCGAGAUGGCGCGCUGGCUCCCCCAAACGCGGAUGGGCAAGUCACCUUCAAGCCAGAGCCUCAAGUCGUUCACGGCUACACUUUGACAGCAGCCGUUCCUUUCCGUGAGGUAUGUGCUGCCAUCAAGAAAAGCGCCUUCGUUGCUACCGAUCUGCCACUGAUCGUGUCACUCGAGACGCACGCCGGACUGCAACAGCAGGAGACUAUGGUGGAGAUCAUGAAAGAUCUCUGGGGUGAGUAUCUUGUCGAUUCCAGCACGAUUGGAGACAAGGGAUGUGAGCGGCUACCAUCCCCUGAAUCAUUGAGAGGCAAGAUUCUUGUCAAGGUUAAACAGGCCGGCAUCAACAAGAAUGAUCUGGAGGUUGUGAAGAGUAAUUCGACCAGCGACAGUGCUUCGAGUCAGCAAACAGGAUCGAAGCCGUCGAAGAUGCUACCAGCGUUGUCAGAUCUCGGCUUGUUCACACGGGCCUUUUCCUUCAAGGGAUGGGAUCAGCCCGAGGCCAAGCUUCCCGCUCAUGUCUUCAGUCUCACGGAUAGCAAAGCUCAUGGGAUGCUAUCCGACCCUGUACACGGGGAUGCCCUGUUCAGACACAAUCUUACGUAUCUAACUCGCAUCUACCCGAAAGGCACACGCAUCUCAAGUUCUAAUUAUGACCCAGCCUGCCAUUGGAGACAUGGGGCACAGAUGGUCGCGUUGAAUUGGCAGAAGUUAGAUACUGGCAUGAUGCUCAAUGAAGCGAUGUUUGCAGGUUAUGACGGAUGGGUUCUCAAGCCGAAUGGGUUUCGGACUUCCGAACAAGGCGGCGCAGCCAACCAAGCGCCAGGGACCAAAGCACCACCUCCUGUCGCCGAGAAGACGCUGGAGCUAAAAGUUCAGCUAUUCUCUGGUGAGAACUUGCCACCUCCUCCCCAAAAGGAUGCUAUCCACGCGGCGAAAAUAAAGCCGUAUGUGCAAUUCGAGCUACACGUGGAUACGCACGGCCCUCCAGGUCAAGGCAAGGCUGGGGAGGCACCUCAGACAGACGCCGAUGUGGAUGACGAAGAUAAAAAGCAACGAAGAAAACAUAAGCGACGGUCCGAAACGCGAAGAUCUGAUGCACCAGACUUCGAAGGCGAGAUAUUCACCUGGUCUAAUGUGGACGUUAUCGAACCAUUGAGCUUCCUGAGGUACGUACGGCCGUGA